GGUUACAGUUUUGCUUCGAAAAGGUCACGAGGGCGCCGUAAAAUCGGUCAGACAGCGUCGAAUGUUUUGGAAGUCGUGCUUUACUUCAGAAGUAGGUGUGGUUGUGAAGUUAACAUUAUUAGCUGAACAGACACGUUGGUCUACAAGCUAACUGCUAAGCUGCGCUGUCAGAGGGAAUGGAGAAGGCUAAAGAAGAUGCAUUCAAUAACGCCAGACUUCAAGUGAUCAAAGAUGGCUAUGAGAAGGCUUUCGAGUGCAUCAACAAAGGACUCACAGCAGAUGAAGCUGGAGACAAGAAGCAGGCCCUGGAGUUCUAUAAGCAAGGCCGUAAACACCUUCUCAGGGCCAUCAGUGUGCCUUCGACCGGAGACGAGUGUGUUGGCAGCUCCUGGGAAUCGGCCAAACAGAUACAGCAGAAGAUGCAGGAGACGCUGAACAAUAUCACCACCCGCCUCGCCAUAUUGGAGACCAGCUCUGAUGAGGACUCUGCAGCCAUGCAAAGUUCUAGCAGUUCUGCAGAAGCUUUUUACCCAAAGCUCAACGCCAAAGAGAGACCAGCUCCACCAAACCUGCCUAGUGGACUCGGAGCAGCAGGAGCUGCAGGAAGCACAGCUGGAAACAGUCCACCUGUAAUCCCUGACGAUCAGCCUCCGGCUUAUUCUCCUCAGGCGGCUGAUGGUCACAUGACUAUCUCCUUUGGGACAGAAUCAGGGGAAAUGUCAGCAGUUGGACAAGAGUUCUACAAUCGUUCCAACUCAACCCCAUCUCCUCAGAGCUUGGGGGAAGAAGGAGAGGAGCUGCUGUACAUUCCACAUGGUGUUCAAAUAUUCUUUGUCACACCUGAGAGCCAAGUGAGCGCCCCUUCAUACCCAGGCUACCUUCGGCUGGUGAAGUUUACCAGUGACCGCUCUGACACCAUGCCCAAUCGACCACCAGCUUUUCUGCAGGUGUGUGAUUGGCUCUACCCUCUCAUGGCCAUGAACUCACCUGUGUUGCUGUGUAACACCGGGGUGUUUAUGUUUCCGGACAUGAUGGCGCCAGGGCCAGGCUACUACGUGGGGGUGGUGUUGUCCUCCGAGCUGCCCGCUGCAGACAGAGAUGUGUUUCAGGACCUGUUGUCCCAAAUGACCGAUCUCAGGGUUCAGCCUCCAGAUGAAGCUGCAGACUCAGUUAAUCUCAGUCAGAAGGUCUCCAUUCCCACACCCGAGGACACUGAGCAGGAACCAGCAGAGACCGAGGAGGAAAAGACUCUACCCGAGUGGAGUGAAAAGGUGGCAAGUGGAAUCUUAACAGGUGCAUCCUGGUUAAGCUGGGGCCUGGUGAAAGGUGCCGAGUACACGGGCAAGGCCAUACAAAUGGGUGCAUCUAAACUCAGAGAACACAUCACCCCGGAGGACAAGCCUACAAACGUCAGCCCCACUGUCACUAAAAGCCUCCACGUGGCCAAGCAAGCAACGGGAGGAGCUGUUAAAGUCAGCCAGUUCUUAGUGGACGGGGUGUGUGCCGUCGCCGGCUGUGUGGGUCGAGAGUUGGCUCCUCACGUGAAAAAGCACGGAGGCAAGCUGAUUCCUGAGUCCAUGAGAAAAGACAAGGAUGGGCGUUCUAACAUCGAUGGAGCCAUGGUGGUGGCAGCCAGUGGAGUUCAAGGAUUUGCUGCUGUGUGGACCGGUUUGGAAGUAGCAGCUAAAGACAUCACCAAAAAUGUUGCAGGAGAAACAGUCACCACCAUCAAACACAAGUACGGGGCGGCAGUAGGACAAGCUACGGACCACGCUGUCAAUUCUGCCAUUAAUGUUGGUAUCACUGCCUUCAAUAUUGACAACCUGGGGAUCAAAGCUGCUGUGAAAAAGACUGGGAAGCACACGGCACAGGCCAUUUUGGAAGAUUACCACCUUCAGGAAAAACCAGAAACUGAGAAGCAAGUGGAGAAAUUGGACAAAUAGCUGUUGUCCUGCCUUACUUCAACAACGCCUUAAAACUUUAUAUUCACUAAUCUCAGAGUUCUAUAUUUAAUAUCUUUAUUUAUGAGGACCUGUUCUACAAAGUGACUACUGUGAUUAUGUAUAUCCUGCAGUUUGAUAUAGCUCUGAAGCACUUUAAUUUUUCUGUAAUCUAUAAAGCAGAGGAUUUUAGAUGUGGGACAGGAAAUAAAACUAGUAAACUAA